AUGAGCCGACGAGAGCACGAGCAAGCACGGGCCGUGGCCAGUCAGGCCGUGCGUCCCGCUUAUUCGCCACCAAAAGAGGCAACCAGCAGACCACCUAUCAACCGGCCGUGGUACCCCCGGUCCCGGCAGGAUAAGUUGUGCGCCGCUUUAGAAACGCCGCCACCACCGAGCCGGCCCGGAAUGCGGUCAAGCAGACUGGACAGCGCGCAAUCAGCCGCGCCGCCAGAACACCGGGCGCCCUUAACACCAGCCCAAUUUCGAACCGAGAUGGAGGCCCUGUUUGGGCAGUUCUCCGACUCCGACUUCGAUAUGGACCUCGGAGUAAUCGAGGAGCCGAGACCACCUACCCCGUCGGCAAAUCCGGCCGCAACGGGCACGACGCAGCCGCCACCGCCACCGACACAGCCGCUACCACCGCCGAACCGGGCACGACCGUCGACCCCGGCCUCAACAUCAUCAGCUAUCCGAGGGCUCGCCAGCCCCCGGAUCCCGUACGACGUCGCCGACCGCCUCCGACCGGAACAAAAGUACAGACACCGGGAUCCGAAGACCGGGCAAACGUUCCUGCUACACCGCCGCCCGCAGGGAGAACUAAUCUUCCGACCAGUCCGCCGGAGGGAUUAA